AUGGACGCAGCAGAUCAAUCACUGUCAACUGUCUUGCAAAAUUAUGCGCGGCUGUUUUUAGCGGAAUGGUUGGUAGGGAUUCUUCUACUCAUUAGCAUGACGUUGCAGCUUGUAUUGGUUAUUCUGGGUGCGCACAGAUAUCAUUGUUCAAGUGGAAUUUUUCGUGUUGUCGUGUGGGGAGCUUAUAUUGCUGCUGAUGCUGUGGCCAUAUCUGCACUAGGAAACAUGAUGCGUAGCACUGGGAGUGGUAUACAUGGAAUAUGGGCUCCAGUGUUAUUGCUGCAUUUGGGGGGGCCAGAUGCCAUUACUGCCUAUUCAACGGCAGAUAAUGAGCUAUGGUUAAGACAUGGAUUCAACAUGGUCUAUCAAGUUUCAGUGGCAAUUUAUGUAAUAUAUUCAUCAGUAUUGGAAGGCCACGCCUUGGCUUCUGCUAUUCUUCUGCUACUUGCUGGAACCACGAAAUAUGGAGAGAGGACGCUUGCCUUGUGGUCCGCCAGCUAUUCUCAAAUCGUCAAGUCAUGUCUGCCAAUUUCCAAAUUUAUAAAGGAAAGAAAUGUUGUACAAGUUCGUGGUUAUGUCGUUAUGGGAGAGAAGAAACUGCAGAGAAUGAACGAGAAGAAGUUUGAAGAAUCUUCAGCGGAAGGAAGCGGUAUUAAAGCAGGGCAAGAGGUGCCUUCAGUGGAAGGAAGAGAUAAAGAAGCGGGACGAGAGGCGCCUUCAUCUGAAGGAAGAGAUAUGGAAGUAGGACGAGAGGCGCCUUCAAUGGAAGCAGGGCUGAAAGGAAGAGGAAUAGUGACUAUUGAGGAUGUCAAGAACGCUAAUAUGGUAGGGAGGGACUACGAUCUCUGCCUUUCCCAUGCAUUGUUCAAAAUGUACAUGCGUAGGUUUGUAAGUUUGUAUUUUGAUGAAGGGGAUUGGGAGGAGACAAGAGCUUUCUGGUUUGAGCUUGAUGGAAAGCAAGCAUUCAGAAUUGUAGAGACAGAAUUGAAAUUUAUAUACGAUGUGCUCUUCUCCAAAGGAAGCGGCAUAGCAUUCAGUAGAUAUGGGAUUCUAUUGCGCCUUCUCAACUUUCUUCUCGUGGGAGCGGCAGGGUUUAUGAUUCUGAGAGGAAGAGAAGAGAAUGAAGCACAACGGACAGUGACAUAUGUUGUGAUUUCAGUGGCGCUUGUGGUGGAGGUGUUUCAGUUAUGCCGAAUUAUGGCAUCAGACUGGACCAGGGUCCGCUUAAUUUGCUCUCGGGUUGACGACAUUAAACAUCCCCUAUCGCAUAAUGUUGUAAAGAGGCUGAGAAUCAGCACAUUGAAGGUGAUAGAGAUUUCAGUGCUUGUGUUGGGCAAGGUUCACAACAUGAUUGGAGGAGAUAGAUACUGGAGCAAUGAAAUUCACCAGUACUGCAUCAUAGAGACUUGCCUUAAUAGGUCUCGUUUCGUCUGGAAGAUGACUAAAUUCUUACCGAAGGCAGACAAUUAUAUUACAAGCUGGCACACCCACAAAGUGUCUGUCCCAGAGAAUCUCAAAGACAGUAUUUUCCAAUACCUCAAUUUUGUAUGUCAUCCGCAGAAGAGUGUUAAAUUGAGCAGAGAGGAAAUUUUCAAUUUUGAUGAGGAUUUGCUUAAAGAUGAAUCUGAAAUCAGAGAUAUCAUGUCGUUGCAUGAGAAUCCGGAGGAGGUCAUUCUGGUAUGGCAUAUAGCUACCACAAUAUGUGACAAGCAGAGAAAACCGUCCGAAAUGACGGAGAAUGAGAAUGAGAAAGCACUUUUGGGUAUAAUACUGUCUAGGUACUGUGCAUAUCUGAUGGUGUCACGACCCAGUCUUUUGCCUGUCCACCCGGAUACUGCAAGCAAUACAUACAUGCAACUUGUGGAGCAAAUUAUGGGGAAGGAUCACAUUCGCUGCAGUCACCCAACUGUACUAGGCUCCGGGAUAAAACUAGCCCGCAAGCUGCUACGGAAACAAGAAGAGCAAAGGUGGACUUUAUUGGCAGAGUACUGGGGUGGAUUGGUGAUAUCUAUGGCGAUGUACAAUAAGGCAACAUUUCAUGCAGAGUGCGUGGCUGGAGGAGGGGAAUUUCUAAGUCAAGUGUGGGUUUUAUUGGGUCAUAUGGGAUGUGGAGAACAGUCUGACUCUGCAGUAAAAAAGAAGAUGGAGAGCACGAUGGAUAGAGAUAAGCGGUUGGAGUGGAAGGGAGAGCUGGAACGCCGGGAUGUGGAGCACCUGGAUCAGGAGAGGGAGAGGGAGAGGCAGAGGGAUCACCAGAGUGUUUAA